AUGCGUUCUACUCUUACCACCUGCGCCCUGCUAUGCGCAGCAGCGGCCCCAGCAGUCUUCGCUGAAGAUGCCACCAAAAAGCUUCCGCCAGUGAAGGCAUUGGCUCUGCAGAAAGCCAUCAGCAAAAAAGCUCUCUCCACCAAGGCACACGAGCUCGAAGAUCUCGCCUACAGCACUCCGGGGCGCAACCGCGUGAUGGGCUCGGAAGGCCACAAUUCGACUGUCGCUUGGAUAACGGGGUAUCUCGAUGAGAUGAGCGACUUUUACACUUACGAAGUGCAACCCUUCAUUGCGCUUUACUCGGACGCCAACGGCACCGCAACAGCCGAUGGUGAUGAAUUGGAAGCCGAAGCUUUCGAGUACUCUCCAAGCGGUGACGUCGAGGCCGACAUUGUUGCAGUCGACAACCUGGGCUGCGAAGCGAGUGACUACCCGGAUGAAGUCGACGGCGCCAUUGCUUUGAUCUCCCGAGGCGAGUGCGAGUUUGGCCUGAAGACCGCUCUAGCAGGCGGCGCUGGAGCUGUCGCUGCCAUCAUCUACAACAAUGAGCAAGGCCUGAUCGGUGGUGGCACUCUUGGCCCACCUCCACGUCCAGAGGGAGAGUAUGUUCCUGUUGUCGGGGUUGCAAGGAGGACUGGUAACCAGAUCCUCAAUGCUUUGGAGGACGGGGCUGUCACUGGCACGGUGACCACUGUGAGCGAUAUCCAUAACGUCACUACAUACAACGUCAUCGCUGAGACCAUUUGCGGCGACCACGACAACGUCCUCACGCUGGGCGCCCACUCUGACUCCGUCAUUGAUGGACCUGGCCUCAACGACGACGGCAGCGGCACCAUUGGCAUUCUCGAAGCCGCUAUUCAGCUUUCCAGCUACAGCACCAACAACGCCGUGCGCUUCUGCUGGUGGAGCGGGGAAGAAUUCGGCCUGCUGGGCUCAACCCACUACGUCGAGACUCUGAACGAUACCGCCGGCGCCCUCGACAAGAUCAAGCUCUACCUCAACUUCGACAUGCUCGCAUCCCCCAACUACAUCUUCGCCACCUUCGACGGUGACGGCAGCACAUUCAACCUGACCGGCCCACCCGGCAGCGCCGAAGUCGAGACCUUCUAUCGCCAAUGGUUCAAACGCCGCGGCCUCAACAUCACAGCGACCGCCUUUGACGGCCGCAGCGAUUACCAAGCCUUCGCCGACAACGGCAUCCCCUGCGGCGGCCUCUUCGCCGGCGCCGACGAGACCAAGACGCCCAGGCUGUUCAAAAAAUUCGGCGGUGAGCAAGGCGAGACUUUGGAUCCGAACUACCACAGCGCGUUGGAUAAUUAUGACAACUUGAACUUUGACGCGUGGGUGCCGAUUGAGAAGGCGUUGGUGGCGAGUAUCGCGGAGUAUGCAACGAGCUUUGAUAGUCUGCCGUCGGCGAAGAAGGUUAGGGCGAGAGGAAUUGAGGAUGGGAAGCUGAUGAGGAGGGCGCUGGAGGAUAGGCCGUUUGUGAGAAGGGGGCACGCAAAGGUGUGGAAGGUGUGA